CGCGGCGAGCUGUCAUUAUUUUUCACACAAAGUAAAUUUUUGCGUUGCGUUUAUUUCUUUGAUGAAAUUGACGUGGCAUUUGCAUUUUCCACCCAAUUGAGAGUGAUAAUUAUUAGUAUUGUGUCUGCGGCGCACUGUGGGGCAACACUGAGCAAUGGGACUCACAAUAUCCAGCCUUUUUUCGCGUCUCUUCGGCGAGAAGCAGAUGCGGAUUCUCAUGGUGGGACUCGAUGCAGCCGGGAAAACAACUAUCUUGUAUAAGCUGAAACUCGGGGAAAUUGUAACAACCAUUCCAACGAUUGGCUUCAACGUCGAGACAGUUCAAUACAAAAACAUUUGCUUCACUGUCUGGGAUGUGGGUGGUCAGGAUAAGAUUCGGCCACUGUGGAGACACUAUUUCCAGAAUACACAGGGACUUAUCUUUGUGGUGGAUUCCAAUGAUCGCGAACGUGUUGCAGAAGCUGAGAAAGAACUGCAAAAUAUGCUGACGGAAGAUGAACUGAAGGAUGCUGUAAUAUUAAUUUUUGCCAAUAAGCAAGAUUUGCCCAAUGCAAUGACCGCGGCUGAGCUUACGGAUAAAUUAAACUUGAAUCAAAUGAGAAAUCGCCGUUGGUACAUCCAGGCGACCUGUGCCACGCAGGGACACGGCCUGUACGAAGGAUUGGAUUGGCUGUCCAAUGAAUUAGUUAAGAAAUAAGAUAUCUCACCAAAUUUUGUAAAAUCCCGGUGAAUUUUGAGAGAAAAAAAGAAAGAAAAGGAUCCCAUGGCACAGAAUGUUGUGCACGUAAAUUUAUUUUAAAAAUAAUUAUUUCUUAAAAAUUA